AUGGAUAAAAAAAUAAAUUUAGAUUAUUUAAUUGAUGAUAUUAUUGUAAAUUCAGAUGAUUUAACACCAUUUCAAUGUCAAAUUUGUUUUAAUAGUGUCAUUGAUUUUAAAAAAGAAACCUUAUCAUUUGAUGUUUUACAAUGUAGAAAUGGUCAUAUUUCUUGUCACGAAUGUUGGAAUCGUCAAUUAUCAAUUAAACAAGAAUGUCCAAGUUGUAAAGUUAAAACUUUACCAAGUGAAUUAUCUCGUAAUAUAUUUUUAGAGAAUGCAUUUCGUGCAUUAAAAGUGAUAUGUCCAAAUAAAUUUAAAGAAAGUAAAUUUCAAGGAGAGGCAGUUCAUUGUGAGAAUGGAUGUCCAGAGAUUUUAAAGGUAGAAUUAUUGGAGCAUCAUUUGAAAGAAUGUCAAUAUCAAUUUAUAAAGUGUCCAAACAAUUCAAACAAAUGUAAAUAUAUUAUUAGAAAGAAUCAAAUUGAACAUCACAAUCAAUCGGUAUGCGAUUACUCUUUGAUUCAAUGCGAGAAAUGUUCAGAAUUAAUAGAGAGAAAGAAAUUAAAUAAACAUAUCGAGAGUGAAUGUGACACUCUUAUGAUCACAUGUAGUAAAUGUUCAGCAUCCAUUGGUAAAAAAUUAAUGAAUCAUCAUUUAGAAACCGAUUGUCCAAUGGAGGAGAUUUCAUGUCUCUACAAAGCAGGUGGUUGUAAUAAAAGAUUCCUUCGUUCACAACUUUCUCAACAUUUAUCUGAAAAUAAUAAUCAUAUCUUUUAUAUUCAAAAUGUUAUGGAUUUACAUAAACUUCAAUUGGAUGAAUGUAAUCAAGAUUAUAGAAAAUUAGAAAAACAAAAUAGAGAUUUGGAAAAAAGAUUAUUUUAUUUAGAGAGUACUGUAAAUUCAACUGUAAUAAAUAGUAAACCACAUGAAUGUGGUGGUGGUGGUGGUGGUGGCAGUGGUAAUAAUGUUUAUAAAGGGAAAUGGGUAAUCAAUAAUUGGGAUCGUAAAUUACGUGAAUAUCCAAUAUCAAAGAGUUUAAAUAGUCCAUUCUUUCAAAUUGGUUCUUCUAAAUUCUUUAUCAUGCUCUACCCAAAUGGUAACAAUGAGGUUAAAGGUUUUCUAAGUAUUUUCCUCUAUAAAAUUUAUGAUCGUCCAUCACUUGUAAAAUAUAGUUUAGAAGCUAAAAAUAUUGACCCCACUAAAAAUUAUAAAAAUACUCAUACAAAUAAUUUCAUCAAUAACAAUGGUAAUGGUUGGUUCAAAUGGAUUGAAAAUAAAAGUCAAAAUGGUUUCUUUUCAAAUAAUUCUUUAACAAUUAGUAUUAGUAUUAAAAUUAUUCAAGAUCAUUCAUUAGUUACUGAAUAA